AUGGAGGAGGAAAAGGUGCAUGAAAGCUUGUUAAAGGAGGCACAAUUUGAGGUGAAAGGCGAGUCUGAAAGGGUAACCAACAAACUUUCCUCAGUCCCUAAGAAAUCUGAGCUCGAGAACCAUGUAUACGCUAUAGAAUCCAAAGAAAGCCAGAGAAAGAUAGAAGAACUGGAAUCCAAACUGAAGGAAAUGGCUACAAAGAACCAGUAUCAGCUCUCAAAUGCAUUGACUGAGUUGAAAUCAAGUAAAAUACACAUACUGGAUUUGGAAACGGAGCUGGCCAUAGUUAAAGAAGCCAAGAUUGACGCUCUAAGGGAAAUGGAAAUGAUGAAAACUAAAUCGCAAAGAGAAAUGGAAAUGUUCAUCGAGUUAAAGGAAGCUUAUACGGAUCUAAAAUUGUCUGCUCAGACAACCGAAAGCCAAAUACAUAGUCUUCUAUCGGAAAAGGAGGCUGAACUAGGGUUAGCAAUGGAAGAGCUGAAGAACGCGAGAAACAAACUCGAAAUCCUCCCAAAUUUGGAACAUGAAUUGCUCAAGAAGAACUCAAUCAUCGAUAACCUCCAGGCCGAGACAGAACGAGUUAAUUCGCUCAAGAUCUCAAGCGACGAAUUAUAUUACAACACUGUUUCCGAACUAAACAUACUUAAAUCAGUCCUGGAAACAAAAGAAACCAACAUGGAGCAACUAGAAUCCGAAAUUAGCCAGUUGAAGAUCAAACUCCAAACUGUGGUACAAGAAGCAGAGGAAAUUAAAGCAGAAAACAAAGAAAUCGAGAGGAGGGAAACAAUAUCCCAGAUCGAGAUAACCAUGCUAAAAUCAGAGCUUCACAAAGGGAAAGCGAGAAUAGAAGCUGCCGAGGCAUCUGAAGAAAGAGCCAAGAUUGAGAAAACAGAACUCUUUUUAACCGUCCAACAGCUAGCAUUGGAACUAGAACUGGCCAAGAAAGAUAACCAAAUCCAGAUACAAGAAAAGGUCAAAUCAGAAGAAAUAACUGUCGAGAAUGAAUCAUUCAUAACCGGAGAAGUGAAUCUGAGGAGAGAGCUGGAAAGUGCAAAUAGCAAAAUAUGGGAGUUGAGAAAUCGAGCAGAGCAGGCAACAAGUAGGGCAGAGGCAGCUGAAAAGGCCAAGGCGGAAAUAGAAGAAGGCAUAACAAAGAGAAGAGAGAAAAGGGCAAACAGAAGGGCUGCCCUAGCUGCCCUAAAGGAGGAAACAUUUGCCAGUUCAAGCAGCAACAAAAACAUCAUCAACAAUGAAGAUAAUGAUAAUAAUGAUAGGGUUCAUCAUAUGAUAACAUAUCAGCCUUUGGGCAAGGUUCUAAACUUCAAAUUUUAG